AUGAUUCUGUUUCUGUUAAUAUUGUUACUUUCUAUCUCAUCCGGUCUUGGAGGCCAAGAGGAAAUGGCAGAAUUUGCAAGGACUUUGUUACAUCACCAUAAUUACGUUAGACAAACGAGAAAUCAAUGUGAUUAUUAUUGGAGUACACCAUCUGAGACAAAACUUGGAAAUCUUACAUGGGAUGAUGGAUUACAGGUAACUGCUCAACAGUAUGCAGAACAGUGUGAAAACUCACCUAGCCGUUUAAAUGACAGAACUACGUGUAGAUGGAAAUCAGUCGGUCAGAAUAUUGCUCAAGUUCAUUCAGUUUCAUAUGCUAUCAAUGUUUGGCGAGAUGGAAGUCGAUUUUAUAGUUUUAAAAAUGAUAAAUGCGGAGAGAAUUACGAUUGUUCUAUGUAUAAACAAGUUAGUUUAUAUUUGUAA